AUGUCUCACUACGCAGAUGACGAAGAUUGGACCGUAAUCUUAGACAAAGAACUCCGCAAAAGAAUUCAGAACCGCAUUGCGCAGCGCAAGCAUCGCAUAGUUCCAACGUCGCCCUCUCCCCAGAGAUCCCUAUUCCUAUUGCUGACACGAGCAGGCCAGAAGCUGCAACAGCAGACCAAUACAAAAGGAGAGAACACCCAAAGUCCGAGCCGCAACGUGUCGGGAUCGGCGCCUAUGGCCAUUGCACCAGGCGAAGCCACGCAUAUGCUAACGGGCGACACCCACAUGCUUGCCGGCAAACAGAGUUUUGGUGACACCAGUUACACGAAUGUCCACGAAUGGAGACAACAAAGCACGACAGGGGCAGAAAAUAACCUUCUACCCGUCUUUGGCAGCAACUGGGACACGCACGUCAAUUAUAGACAAUUUGAGGAGGGCGGAUGUCCAUCAAAAACAAAAACGACGGAUCCUCAUAUUGAGCAGAACCCCAUCAACACAAUAAUUUCGAGGUUCAAAAAACCCUUGUCUAUUCCUGAACAAUCACCGCACUGCAUGUCGGAACACCGAUAUAAGACACGAGAUACUGUUCAAAGUUUUGACGUAGACCCUGCCUCGUCUCAAGCACUGUCGCAGUUCGGUCUCACCUCUAGCAAAUCAGCCAAUCUAGAGUGGCCCGAACAAGGACGAGGGGACGAUGGCCUCAUGAACAUCUUCGAUUCCCUGCGGCUACCUAAAACGAUCUCGGCUCAUAGGAAACGAGCAUCAAGUGUGCUAGACGUUGAUCUUGGCGCACCUGCCAAUGACGAUUUAUAUGAGUGUGGCCUGCAGAAACGGCAUAAAAUUCAGUCUAGUCCAUCCGUAGAGACUUUGAAAAUAAGAAACAGACCAGAAUACAGGCUGCCGGGACGUUCACGGACUUCAUCAACAGGCUAUAUAGGCAGCCCGACAUCGAAGAAAACCGCGGGCUCGGAUAUUCUGAGGGAACACGGAAUCGAUCUUUUGCGUCUGUUAGAGCAGGCAAGCCAGGCCACGAAACGAGUUACAGCACAGUCAUCGCGAGGAAAUUCGGGACCGCAGUGUGGAAAUUGGCCACGAACACAGGCCAAUCUACUGGCAUCAUAUAAUGCACCGGCCCAAGAUUCCAUACAGAGUCAAAAUCAUCAAGCACAGCACGGGGGAAGUCCUAUGCUGGCCCCCAAGAAGCAGAAAACACAUGUUACGAAAGUGGUGGUCAUAUACAGCGGCGGCGGUGGUGGAAUGAUCUAG